GGGAAGCCACACUUAGCGAGCAUCUCCCUUGGUUCCCCAACGCAGCUGCCGCCCGGCAAGAUGAUUGGGGUCCUGCUCCUGCUUCUCCUCCUCCCCCUUCUUCUGUACAUCGCUGCCCCCCAAAUCAGGAAAAUGCUCUCCAGCGGGGUGUGUACGUCAACUGUCCAGCUUCCCGGGAAGGUGGCUGUGGUCACCGGAGCCAACACAGGCAUUGGAAAGGAGACGGCCAAAGAGCUGGCUCAAAGAGGAGCCCGAGUAUAUAUAGCUUGCCGAGAUGUGCAAAAGGGGGAACUGGUGGCCAGAGAGAUCCAGAUCAUGACAGGGAACCAGCAGGUGUUGGUGCGGAAACUAGACUUGGCUGAUACUAAAUCUAUCCGAGCCUUUGCUAAGCACUUCCUGGAAGAAGAAAAGCACCUCCACAUUCUGAUCAACAACGCAGGAGUAAUGAUGUGUCCCUAUUCCAAGACAGCAGAUGGCUUUGAGAUGCACAUAGGCGUCAACCACUUGGGUCACUUCCUCUUGACCCAUCUGCUGCUAGAGAAGCUGAAGGAAUCAGCCCCAUCGAGGGUAGUGAAUGUGUCUUCCUUAGCACAUCACCUGGGAAGGAUCCAUUUCCAUAACCUUCAUGGCGAGAAAUUCUACAGUGCAGGUCUGGCCUACUGUCAUAGCAAGUUAGCCAACAUUCUCUUCACCAAGGAGCUGGCCCGGAGGCUAAAAGGCUCCGGCGUUUCAACGUAUUCGGUGCACCCCGGCACAGUCAACUCGGAACUGACUCGGCACUCAUUUCUCAUGCAAUGGAUGUGGCGGCUUUUCUCCUUCUUCAUCAAGACCCCUCAGCAGGGAGCCCAGACCAGCUUGUACUGCGCCCUAACGGAAGGUCUUGAGAUUCUAAGUGGGAAUCAUUUCAGUGACUGCCAUGUGACAUGGGUCUCUGCCCAGGCUCGUAAUGAGACAGUAGCAAGGAGGCUCUGGGACGUCAGCUGUGACCUGCUGGGCAUCCCUCUGGAUUGACAGUUGGUAGCAGUUGGACCUAAGAGAAGUGUGCAUCAGACUACUCAGUACUCUCAGCCAAAAUGAUUCUCCUUCAGGAUGGCCAGAACCUUGAGCACAAAGAGAGCAGACCUUUCAUAUUUGCCAGUUCGAUAUCUUAUAAAAGCCCAGUAUACACUGCCAAAUUUACACGUUGCACUUGUCCAGCUCUACUUUGCUCCUGUUAUUGCCAGUUACUACAGAUACCAUAGGAUAAGUACACCACCAUGACCUGCAAGUUCGUAUUUUCCUUCUAAACCCCGUAGUAGGCAUAGCUACUACCUAGGAGAAGCUAUGCUAGGGCAGGGUUGAUUUGUGGCAGUUUGGACUAGUUUCUACCCUCUUUGUUUACAACGUAGUUCCUCCCAACCAACCAACCUUCACUUCAAGGAGCCACGCUGCAGCCUCCGUGGAACCCCGGGAGUCACCGUGGCUUGGUCAAAAGCAGGGCUCAUCCCUCGUCUCCUAGUGAAACCAUCGUGGUGCCCACAUCUGGAUCCUUUGAGGAAAUUUAAGUGGAUCUGGAUUGUGGCAGGGCUCUGUCUCUGACAACCUACAGCCAUGGCUGUUGAGACCCUUUCCCAUGCCGAGCCCAUGGAAGAGCUUCCUUUUCUAAGACGUUCGUGGGUUCCGGAGGAUGGCAGAAGUAAAAAUCAAGUUUAAAUUCUCAGUGUCCUGCCAACAAGGAGAUGAUGAAAGGACCCGUUUGAGAAGGUAGGCCUCCUGACAUCAGCUACUGACCUCCGACACAUGGAGGCCUCCUUUUCGUGCCUUGGUUUCUCUUAGAAAACCAGCAGAUGGGAAAGGCUAUUUGGUGAUUGUUACUGAGUAUGUGUUCCUGUGUACUUUUGCAGUUGGGAGUAUCUUCACAAAAUUCAAAAUAGCCAUAAAGGAACAGUAUUAAACUGGACCCUGAUGCAGGUAAAUGAUCAGAGAUGGAGCAAACCAGUGUCAUAUAGUCUUUGAUACAAAUGGGCAGAGCUGCAAGGAGCAGCAGACUGUUUACAUUGGUAACUACCCAGCAGGAAGCCCAUGGGUAGCAGGAAAUAAGUUCAAAAAAGAGAAUAAGCCUGGAAGAUAAUAAAGGGUCUAGUUAAGAAUUAAAAAAAAAAAAAAAAAAAAAAAAAGC